AGCAUAUACAGAAGAGGCUGGACUCAAUUCCUGGAUAAAGUCUGAAACUUCCAAAUCCCCACAAAUCGAAAAGACCGAUAAUCACCUUUCACAGGACUGUAUUAUCAAAAUUUCCAAGUUUCUGGAAGAGAAAGAAGCUAAAUGUCCGAUAUGCAAAGAUGUACAUACUCGUUUAGGUAUAUGGGGUGAUUGGAGCUGUCUCGGUAAAAAUGAUCACUAUUUUCUUAAUUGUCCUUUUCAUAUCGAUCAAAAGAAAGUUAUAAUUGCUAUACAGAGCUUACCAGAAAUUCAAGUAAGUACUAUUGAUGUGGAUGAGAUCAAGGUAGGUGUCAAUGCAGAUGAGAUAGAUAAGUUCCGAUGUGGAUUAUUGCGUCAAGGUGGAGAUUCAAUAGCAGAAUAUUAUUCGAAAUUAAUUAGAUGUAAUAAUACUGUCAAUCUUUGUAACGAGCAUUUUGAAGAAAAAUUCUUUACCGGGUUAUCACCAAAAUAUAUGUCCAUUUUAUUUGAUUUUAAUCCUAUCCCUCCUCAUGAUGAAUUAAUAAAGAUACUUAUUCAGCGUCAAAAUAACGUAUAA